AUGUUCGACGUGGAAUUAGACGCCGACAGAAAGAACUUCACGCAGCGGAAAAGGCAAGAGGUUCAACAGCAAAAAAAGGCGAAGCUCGCCGCGGCACUGAGGCGCCAAGGCCUCCAGAAGGCGAAGCCUCGCCUGUUGCUUAUUAGUUAUUCUCGAAAAGUGCAGCUGAGUAAUCAAGAACUGUUUUAUGCUGUGGCUUUGGGUUCCGCGCCGUCGCUCUCGAGCCGUCUUCGUUGCGAGUUUCAUCCUGUGACCGAUGCACAUGUCGCGCCUCGUGUGCUGCUGUUUGUGGUGCAGGGACGUCCAGCAAACAUGACGCCUCACUGCUCUGCCCAGCCAUCGUUUGCGACUUCGAACGUUCGUGGCAUGCAGGCAAACAAACCAUUCACUCAUGGCCGUCGUCAGUUCCUCGAACCCGCGUGCGGUUUUGGCAACGACGAACACGGAUGA